AUGACCGCGGCUUUCCCAAUCCAGCCUGUAGCACGGUUUGCGGGCAAGAGUGAGCUGGUCAAACGGCCAAAGGAAUUCGCAUGCUUCUCAUACGAUGCCGAUCACAAGUUCCAUCUUGGAGCUCAGUCAUUGAAGUGGUAUUACACACCAGACCUCGAUGUCGACCUGUCCAAGGGCUUUGAGAGCUUCAUCAAACAUGACGACAGUGUAGACGAACAUCUGGACAGCCUACUCACCACCAUUGCCGACUAUGAGCAAAAGACGUCGAAACCUAUCGAUGCUCACAUCAUUAUGGCAGCCCCCUUUGAUGAUGACGGGUUUGAGAUGAAUGCUACCCUUUACAGAGGUUGCAUCUUUAUCGAAGAGAAUCAUGCAUACAAACAAGCGUCGAGAGCAAACGAGCGGCCAUGGAACGGGCCAAUCCCGCAAGAAGUGAUGCAGUACUGGGGCUACAAGUUUGAGACCCUGAGCACACUGCCGAGACCUUGGGGAGAAACUUCUCGCGAAUUCAUUGAAAGUCGCCCCGAUCAUGUGGUGAACAACAAGGAGCAGUACUGCUCAGUGGUCCGCACAGGCAUUGGCAAGACCAUUCUCUGCAUCGGUGGCGAGGUUGACGCUAUAUGGGACGACAAACCGAGGACCCAAGGCGAUCCUAUCAACUGGGUGGAGCUCAAGACUUCAGCGGUAAUCCAAAACGACCGCCAAGCUAACAACUUUGAGCGCAAGCUCAUGAAGUUUUGGAUCCAGUCCUUCCUUCUCGGUGUUCCCAAGAUCAUUGUCGGCUUCCGGACCCAGGAUGGGCUGCUGGUUGAGACCAAAGAGUUCCGAACCAUGGAGAUACCGCUAAUGGUUAAGAAGAAUGGGCGGCCAAAAUGGGAUGGGGAUACGUGCGUCAACUUUGCUAAUGGCUUCCUUGAGUGGCUUCGCCAUACCAUAACCGAUGAGGGUGUGUGGAGGAUCAAGAGAAGACCUCGGUCGGCAGAAAUUGAAGUGUUUAAAGUCGAGGAGGUGGGCCACGGAGACAUCAUCACAGAUGAGUUCAUGAACUGGCGCAUCAAGCUCGAGCUUCGUCAGACACAGCCGCCAACUGACGACAAUGGGACAGAAGAGUAAGCUCAGUCUAGAAGGCUACGUUGGACUAAGCAGCACACGUGAGGGAAAAUAGGUAUGUUUGGAUUGCGAUGUAUCCUUACAUGCAUCACUGUCCAAUAGAAAGGAGUAAAUUGGCGUUGGGCAACCACGGCCUUUCUCAGCACCUCCCCGUUCUUGCCUACCAGUUCCAACAACUUUCAUGAUCCAAUCCUAGCUGGUAGCUGCACCUUCCGUGUGGUAAGGCACCCCGCGAGGCGGUUUUGUCAACCACCAAAAGAAGCGAAGCUCCUUCUGUCAACAAAGGAAUCUCUUCCUGUCAACAACCGAAACCAUCAG